AUGUCUGGGUUGCUAAAUUCCAUCCAUCUCUCACUCAGCUACACUGUUUUAUAUGCUCCUAAUGAUGCUACUAUCUGGGCCGAUCUCAAAGAGCAUUUUUCUACGGCAAAUGGUCCUCGUAUUUAUGAUCUUGAAAGGCGUAUUGCAACCAUCAGGCAACAAGAUUAUUUUAUUCUACAUUAUCAUAACAUCUUAUGUGCACUAUGGGAUGACUUGACUCUGCUUGAUCCUCCACCAGUAUGCACAUGCUCAGCGCAGACUGCAUAUGCUUCUCAAAUGGAGCGGCGCCGUUUAUUCCAAUUUUUGAUGGGUUUACGCGAAACAUAUACCCAAACACGCAGCAAUCUCCUUCUCAAAACUACCAUGCCAACUGUUAAAGCAGCUUAUAGUUUACUACUCCAGGAUGAGACACAACGGACAAUUUAUCAAUCUAACUCUCCAGCAAAUUAUGUAGCUUUGCAAACUAAUGCACAUGGUUCCAUAUCUUUAGACUCAAUCCAACAAUUGCUUCAACUACUUCGUGAGGUAAAAGAACCAAAGGCGAAUCUUGCUGGUAUAUCUCUCACACUUGCUUCUAUUUUUAAUGCAUCAACUGAAUGA